AAGACCCAAUUUUAUACAAAUGAAACUCUAACUAAAAUUUAAGUUGGAGAAAGUGAGAUGCGAUCACAAGCUUUUCAACCUCACCGCAACACCUACCACCUUGCCAAGACUGGAAGGCAUUGUCAGCUUGAACACCACAGCCCAGGAUAUAUAGAGGCCUAAACCUCAGCUAUAUUCCCAUUGUUUUCUCAGACAACAUUUCUAUCUACUUCCUUCACCUUCUCCAUAGCUGCCUGUUAAUCAUACCCUUCAAAACUCACAGCCACGCUAAGAUGGGUACUGAAGUGGUAUUGGUAGAUGAUGUUCCCUUUCCUUCUCAGAUCACAACCACCAAGCCAUUGUCUCUGCUGGGUCAUGGGAUCACUGACAUUGAGAUACACUUUCUUCAAAUCAAGUUCACAGCAAUUGGGGUUUACUUAGACCCUGAAGUUGUGUCACAUCUUCAACAAUGGAAGACCAAGAAAGCAAAUGAGCUUGCAGAAGAUGAUGACUUCUUUGAUGCUCUUAUUUCUGCUCCUGUUGAGAAAUUCCUUAGGGUUGUGGUGAUCAAGGAGAUCAAAGGGUCUCAAUAUGGGGUGCAGCUUGAGAGUGCUGUGAGGGAUAGAUUGGCAGCUGAUGACAAGUAUGAAGAAGAGGAGGAGGAAGCCUUGGAGAAAAUUGUUGAGUUCUUCCAAUCAAAGUACUUCAAGAAAGAUUCCACCAUCACGUUUCAUUUUCCAGCAACUUCUGCCACGGCUGAGAUUUCUUUUCACACUGAAGGGAAGGAAGAGUCAAAAAUCAAGGUGGAGAAUGCAAAUGUGGUUGAGAACAUCAAGAAAUGGUAUUUGGGUGGGACUAGAGGGGUGUCUCCUUCAACCAUAUCAUCCUUGGCUAACACACUCUCAGCUGAGUUGACUAAGUGAGAGCAUUUUGUUGUAUGGUUUUGGGCUCUUUUUAUGGGUUGCUGCUGUUUGCAAUUGCAAGGGCUCAUUUUGAAGUUUGUUAACUAAUGGGAAAACCUGGUGUUUCUUGUGCUCUGUUCUGUUUAAUAAAAUGAAUGAUAUAUAUAGACUUCUGUCCAUCCAA